CUCUCUCCUCUCACAUGUACAUUUCCCAUUCCUCCAUCUUCUUCUUCUUCCAUUAACUUCCAGUUACAGACAGAAUCUUUAUAGAGAGAGAAACAAACAAAGAUCUGUCUUUUUCAAUUCCUGAUCAACCCUAAAAAAAACCCAUGUCGAUGCACGCAAAGACAGAUUCAGAGGUGACCAGUCUAGCAGCAUCAUCUCCGACGAGAUCGCCGCCGCGCCGGCCAGUCUACUACGUUCAAAGUCCGUCAAGAGAUUCUCACGAUGGUGAAAAGACAACCAAUUCUUUCCAUUCAACACCCAUUAUCAGUCCAAUGGGUUCUCCCGGUCGUCAUUCACGUAACUCAUCUUCAACCAGAUUCUCCGGCUCACUUAAACCCGGAUCACGUAAAGGCGGCUCCGGCGAUCCCUCCGGCCGUCAACACUAUCUUAGAAAAGACGAAAAACAAGCAAAGGGUUUCGAUUCGAUUGAAGAAGAAGGACUAUUAGAUGAUGAUGAUAGUAAUAAAGGAAUCCCAAGACGAUGUUAUUUUCUUGCUUUCGUUAUUGGGUUCUUCGUUUUAUUCUCUUUCUUCUCUCUCGUUUUAUGGGGUGCUAGCCGGAAUCAGAAACCAAUAGUCACAAUGAAGAGCAUAACUUUCGAUCAAUUCGUGAUCCAAGCUGGAAGUGAUGCUAGUGGGGUAAGCACAGAGAUGGUAACAAUGAAUUCCUCAAUCAGUUUAAUCUUUCGUAACACAGGCACAUUCUUCGGUGUUCAUGUAACAUCAACUCCGGUUAAUCUUGCAUAUUCAGAGCUUACUUUAGCAUCAGGAACAAUAAACAACUUCUAUCAAUCAAGAAAGAACCAGAGAAAAAUGAAAGUGAUAUUACAAGGAAAUCUGAUUCCAUUAUAUGGGGGAGGUGCAGAAUUAAGUAGUAAGGCCGGACUUCCGACGGCGCCGGUGCCGUUGACGUUGAGUUUCACACUCCGGGCAAGAGCAUAUGUGUUAGGGAAAUUGGUGAAACCGAAGUUUUACAAGAGGAUUAAUUGUAUUGUGGUGAUGGAUCCAAAGAAGAUGAAUGUAGCCAUACCAUUGAAGAACUGUACUGGUGAUCAUUGAGAUUUUAUGAAGAAACAAACAGGUCCUUAAAAUUUAAUUACAGUAGUACACAAAUAAACUGAAAGAUGGGAUUAGGACGCGUUUGGUUUGAUGUAUUUUUUGACUUUAUUAUUUUGUAAUGUAAAAACAUAUGAGGAGGUCGGUGGGAAAGAGAAAGAGAAAGAGCGUGGGCAGUUUCAACUUUCAUGUAGUUUGGUGCUAUUAUUUUAUUAUUUAUGUGAUUUAUUAUUAUUAAUAUUAUCAUU